AUGGAUGAUUACAAACAACUAGGACCAGACAAGUUUUCAUGUUCGACAAAAUUUCCAUUUCUAACAACGCGUCUCCAACAACAUGGGAAGUCAAUAAACGAUUUACUUCAGUAUGACGAAGCUUCUGACCACGCACAACUAGCGCGUCUUGUUGAUAGACCAAUGAAAGAAAUAAAUGAUUACUAUAGAAACCUUAAAAAGGAUUUGCAAGUUGUUCCUACAUCAGUGAAUGUUUUGUUGGAUUCAGAGUUUAUCAGUACCGGUCUACCGAGUAUUGACCGUGAACUAGGAGGAGGUAUUCCCAUCGGAGAAAUAACAGAAAUAUUUGGUGCUAGUGGUUGUGGGAAAUCACAUUUUCUAUUCCAACUACUAUCCAAUUGUCGUAAGGAGUUCCCAACAAGCAAAAACAUAUACAUUUCAACCGAAUCAUUUUUAGAAACCAAGAGAUUAAAAGAUUUCAUAGGAACAACUUCAUCGAAUAUUGACACUGAUUUGGAUCUGAUAUCUUAUAUAUACUGUCAAGAUUUGGAAAGCCAGGAUCAUAUUCUAUUUACUCAAUUACCAUUGAAAUUGGAUUCAGAUAAAGAGAAGACAAAAUUAUUGGUCAUAGAUUCUAUUGCACAGCAUUUUAGAAGAGAAGAUUCUAUUAUGAACUCGACCUAUUUAAAAGAAAAAUUAGAAGCACAGGAAGAAGAAAUAGCAGAGGACAGAUUAUUUCAAGAAGUAAAAACGAAGCAAAUGAAUCAAUUGCGAAGAUUCAACAAGUCACAGAAAUAUGCUUCACGAACAGCAAAACUGUAUUACAUAUAUCAGUUGUAUCAGCACUUGUCUAGAUUGGCACAAGAUUUCAACAUUGCUAUUGUGAUAGUAAACCAGGUUAGUGAUUAUUCUUUUGAUUCAUCCGGGUCGUUCACUGAGGCAGAAGCGGGAGAACUCGAUUAUCCAUUGAAUUUGGAUUUCCAAACAGCUGUGUCAUCUGGUUGGGAUAGUAGGACCAUAUACAAUAGUAUUCCUAAUGCUAGCAUAACGUUGAAAGAUGAAGAGAUUGAGAAUUUGGAAAUGGAAUGGAUAAAGUCUUUUGAGGACAGAAACCCUAAUAAACGUCAAAAACUUUCUAAUACCAACUCCCCACAGAAACAGGAAUACCACCUGAAUCCUCGUGAAAGAAUAGAAAAACAGAAAUCGUUAAUUUCUAAAUCCCAUGAAAUGAGAAAUAGAGGCACAAAGAAGAUUGUCCCGACUUUGGGCUACACAUGGGCAACUAGGAUCAAAAACCGAAUCAUGCUAUCUAAGGUGUAUAAGCCAAUAUUGAGUUCAAAUAUGGAUGACGAUGAUAACGUAAAUGAAAAGCAAUCUUUGCAGACUGAAAACAUUCAUCAUAAAAGAUCUAGUGCUGAACUUGACAGAUUGUUUGUUUCUAUUGAUGGCUGGCAAGUUGAAAGAUAUGCAAAAGUAGUUACAUCUACACAUGGCUACAAUUCCAAUAGAUUCAAAAGGUAUCGAUUUAUAAUAAGCACACAAGGGUUAGCAGAAAUAUAA